AUGGCGUCGGCGUCGACGUCGUUCGACGUGGACCGCGACCCCGCGGAGGACGCGAAGAUCCGCGCCGCGUGCGCGUUCCACCUCGCGAUCCCCGUCCGCGAUAUCGAAGAGGCGAGGGCGUUCUACGGCCCGGACGGCGUCCUCGGACUGCGCGAGGGGCGCUCCACAGCGACGUGGAUAGAUUUUAACUUUUACGGCCAUCAGCUGGUGACGCACCUGGUACGAGGCUACGACGCGAAGACGAGCCACAACGCGGUGAACGGCGACCCGGUACCGGUGCCGCACUUUGGCCUCGCGAUGGACGCGGAGUCGUUUCGAGCGCUCGUCGCGCGAUGCGAGGAGAGAGGCGCGUCGUUCGAGACGGCGCCGAGUCUGCGGUUCGAAGGGAAGCCGGGCGAGCAGGUGGCGUGUUUCCUCCGGGAUCCUUCAGGGAACGCGCUGGAGUUCAAGGCGAUGACGACGCCCGCGAACUUAUUCGCGCGGUACGACGCGAGCGCGUAG